AUGCUUAAAGAGAGAGAGAGUGAGGAGCCAACCAUGAAUCCCUUCCAGAAAAAUGAAUCCAAGGAAACUCUUUUUUUGCCUGUCUCCACUGAAGAGGUGCCACCUCAAUCCUCCAACUUUCCAAAGAAACCAUCUCCGAAAAUCUGUGGCUCCAACUAUCCACUGAGUAUUGUCUUCAUUGUGGUGAAUGAAUUCUGUGAGCGCUUUUCCUAUUAUGGCAUGAAAGCUGUGCUGACCCUGUAUUUCCUAUAUUACCUGCACUGGAGUGAAGACACUUCCACAUCUGUGUACCACGCCUUCAGCAGCCUCUGUUAUUUCACUCCUAUCUUGGGAGCAGCCAUUGGUGACUCAUGGUUGGGAAAAUUCAAGACAAUCCUCUGUCUCUCCUUGGUGUAUGUGCUUGGACAUGUGAUCAAGUCUAUGAGUGCCUUACCAAUACUGGGGGGACAAAAUUUACACGUAGUCCUGUCAAUGGUCGGCCUGAGUCUAAUAGCUUUGGGGACAGGAGGUAUCAAACCCUGUGUGGCAGCUUUUGGUGGAGACCAGUUUGAAGAAAAACAUGCAGAGGAACGGACUAGAUACUUCUCAGUCUUCUACCUCGCCAUCAAUGCAGGGAGCUUGAUUUCUACAUUUGUCACACCCAUGCUGAGAGGAGAUGUGCAGUGUUUUGGAAAGGACUGCUAUGCACUGGCAUUUGGAGCUCCAGGACUGCUUAUGCUGAUAGCUCUUGUUGUAUUUGCAAUGGGAAGUAAACGAUACAGAAAACCACCUCCUGAGGGAAACAUACUGAACCAAGUGGUCAAAUGUAUCUGGUUUGCCAUUUCCAGCCGUUUCAAGAACCAUCCUGGGGACAAUCCCAAGCAAGAGCACUGGCUGGACUGGGCAGCUGAGAAAUACCUAAAGCAGCUCAUUAUGGAUGUGAAGGCACUGACCAGGGUACUGUUCCUUUAUAUUCCAUUGCCCAUGUUCUGGGCGCUUUUUGAUCAGCAGGGCUCACGAUGGACCUUGCAAGCCACCAGGAUGAAUGGGAAUUUGGGUUUUUUCGUGCUUCAGCCUGACCAGAUACAGGUGCUAAAUCCCUUUUUGAUUGUUAUUUUCAUCCCACAGUUUGACCUUGUCAUUUAUCCCAAGUGUGGCAUUAAUUUCACAUCGCUUAGGAAAAUGGCUGUCGGUAUGAUAUUAGCAUGCCUGGGCUUUGCAGUUGCUGCUGCUAUAGAGAUAAAAAUUAAUGAAAUGACCACAUGCCAGCCAGAUUCCCAAGAGAUUUUCCUUCAAGUCUUGAAUCUGGCAGAUGAUAAGGUCAAAGUAACAGUGCUGGGUGAUGAAAAUAAUACUCUGUUGGCAGAGUCCAUCAAAUCCUUUCAGAAUAUGCCACACUAUUCCAAACUCCACCUGAAGACAAAAACGCAGAAUUUCUACUUUCAACUGAAAUAUCACAAUGUGUCUGUCCACACUGAGCAUUCUGCGGAGGAGAAAAUGUGGUACACUCUGAUCAUUCGAGAAGAUGGGGAAAGUAUUUCUAGCAUGAUGGUGAAGGAUGAAGAAAACAAAACAACCGAUGGGAUGAUAGCCACAAGGUUUGUUAACACUUUGCAUGAAGAGGUCAAUGUCUCCCUGGGUACAGAUGCAUCCCUCAUUGUUGGUGAAGACUAUGGUGUGUCUGCUUACAGAACUGUGCAAAGAGGAGAGGAAGAAUAUCCUGUGGUGCAUUGUAGAACAAAAAAUGAGGAUUUUUCACUGAAUUUGGGUCUACUAGACUUUGGUGCAGCUUAUCUGUUUGUUAUUACAAAUAGAACCAAUCAGGGUCCUCAGGCCUGGAAGGUGGAAUACAUCCCAGCCAACAAAGUGUCCGUUGCAUGGCAGCUACCACAAUAUGCCCUUGUUACAGCUGGGGAGGUCAUGUUCUCUGUCACAGGACUUGAGUUUUCUUAUUCUCAGGCUCCCUCUAGCAUGAAGUCUGUACUCCAGGCAGCCUGGUUGUUGACGAUAGCAUUUGGGAAUAUCAUUGUGCUUAUUGUGGCGCAGUUCAGUGGCCUGGCCCAGUGGGCCGAAUUCAUUUUGUUUUCCUGUCUCAUGCUGGUGGUCUGCCUGAUCUUCUCCAUCAUGGGAUACUACUAUGUUCCUUUAAAGCCAGAGGAUGUUCAGGGGUCAGCAGAUAAGCAGACCCCUCAAAUCCAAGGAAAUAUGAUCAACCUGGAAACCAAGAAGACAAGGCUCUAAUGGUUCCCUAGACUCUGCCCAGACCCAGUUCCUGACUCUGGUUUUGGCCAUCACCAUCUUCAAGCAUUUUUUACUCCAACUUGGUUGGAAGGGAGAAGUAGCAUCACAAUGAACUGAUCUUCACUUUUCUCUGAUGAUAGAGGCAAUUCUAGGACUGGGUUUUUCAGUACAUUAAAGCAAAGUCCCUGAGACGUUAUGUCUUUCUAUAUGUCAUCGAACUCAGUAAACCUUGUGUGGUUUUGCUGUAGCUGGCCUGGCAUCUCCAAAAACACAAAUGUAUAAUUGAGAUUGGUCUUUGUGGUUAUCAAAGUUCUGUAGGAAUUCUUUUACCUGCCAUUUAGAGCAGAUGACCCCACCUUUUGAAGUGCUGAUUUAAGGCCAAAUUUCAGAAUAACAGAGAAAUGGUAUUUUCAAAUGUCUUCAUUAACGGUGUAUUUGUUGUUUACAAGACUUCAGGAAUUGUUAUGUCUGGUGUGAUCUCAUCCAGGGCCUGACUUGUCAGCUCUUCAGGUUCAGUAAGACUGCAGUUAAUUUUUCAGUACAAAUAAUAAAAGACAAAAUGAUAUUUUAUUAACACACAGGAUAAGAUAUAUCAUUCUGAUAAUUACAGUAUUUUAUCUAUUAAUCCAAACACCCCUUUCUCAGUAUUGAUAGGACCUUGGAAACCAAAUUAAAGACAGUAAACAUGGUUCUGCAAAACAGAAAAGUAUAAACUGUACAAGUCCUGAUGAACAAUUCUUGUACAGUAUAUGCUUUUCUUAGGGACUAUAAUGUUUUAACUCUAGAUUAUGCCCACCUGUGGACAACUGUAUAGACACUAAUUAUCAUUUUCCAGCCCUCAUUUUCAAUGUUGUUGGCCCACCUUUUUCUUAUAUUAUUUAUUGCUGCUGCUGCUGCUAAGUCACUUUAGUCA